AUGGAGUUGACUGGUAUACAGUCGACAGGCAUGGAGCUCACGGGUGGGGAGGACAUGGAACUACCACAAUCGAUGUAUAUGCCGCAAGGCAUGCUCUUGGAUGGGGAAGUGUUGAUGGGAGAUGAGGCGUGCUGGGUGUAUGUGCCAUCCUACGACCUGACGAUGGUUGAGGCGGAUAAGGAUGAGUUCAUCAAAGCGAUACGAAGGGCCAGAGGAAUGUAG